AGGGCAAACAAGAGGAACUAGUUUUGAAGGUAAAAAGGAGUUAAGCUUGUUCUAUUAACAUUUCAAUAUUAUAUAUGGUAUAACCAUAUGAAGACCACCUUAACAUAAUCAUGAGAGUUGUCACAAGGGUGGUUAGUGACUUUCUACACAAUAAUAAUUCUAACAGUUCUAACCAGGUACACUUAAAAUACUAUGUAUGCAAUGGGUGGGGAGGCAAGUGGAACCGGUUUUUUUUUUUUUUUUUUUUUUGCAAUUUUUUAGCUGGGGCUGGAUUUGAACCCAUCACCCUCAGCAUAUGGGGCCAGCACCUACUCCUUGAGCGACAGGCACUGCCCAUGAACCGGUUUUUUUUUUUAAGUAUUAAAAAACAAAACAGAAUGGAAUUAGAUCUGCUUUGCCUUCCCACUGAUUCUCAGGAACAAGAAUAACAAAAUGGAGUUAGGCUCACUUCUCUUUCACCUUAACGCAGGGAUGUCCAUAUAUGAAAAUAAAAGUGAAGGUGGGUGCUGGACAUGCCUGGGAGUCUGAAGUGGGAACACUGCUAGAAACCAGGAGUUAAAGACCAGCCUGAGCAAGAGGGAGACCGAAUUUCUACAAAAUACAGAAAAACUAGCAAGGCAUGGGGGUGCUACCUGUGGUUCUAGCUACUGGGAGUCGGGGCUGAAGCAGGAGUUCAGCUUAAGCCUAGGAGUUCCAGGUUGCAGUGCGCUAUGAUGACACCACUGCACUCUAGCCCGGGCAACAGAGUGAGACAUUAUCUCAGAAGAUAAAAAUAAAUACCAAUUUUCCUUCCAUAAGCAGAAAUACAGAGCUUUCAAAGGGAGGGUUUGCAAGUAAAGGGUAUUGUCCUUUAAAUACAGUUGAUGGCUUGAAUUGAUCCCAUCUCUGUCAAAGACAAUCUCAAGACAAUCUUGUGACCUGUGACCUCAGCAGGAAUCUCUCCAAGGGACGACAGUUCCCACUAAGCCAUCUCCUAGUGGUUGGAGGAACAGGGGACACUCCCCUCCACCUUCGGACAACCGGGCUGAGGCAGGGAUACAAGCUUUAGUUCUUAAAAAGAGUGAGGGAAUUUUAAAGAUACAGAAUAGGCCAAGCAGGGUGGCUCAUAUUUGUAAUCCAGCACUCUGGAGGCUCUGGAGUUCGAGACCAGCCCGACCAAAAGCAAGACCCGUUUGUACUAAAAACAGAAAAAUUAGCCGGGAGUUGUGGCCGGUGCCUGUAGUCCCAGCCACUUGGAAAGUUGAGACAGGAAGAUGGCUCGACCCCAGGAGUUUGAGGCAGCUGUGAGCUAUGACGCCACGGCACUCAACCCAGGGCGACGAGUCUCAAAAAAAAAUGAGGCUCUGUCAAGAAAAAAAGGAAAGAAAAAGCGCACACAGCACCUAACCUUUUUCCUAUGAGAUAUAAUUACAUUGACGUGAGACCUUAUGCUUCACUCGUGACUCGGGGGCUUUCCAAGUCCCGAGUACUUCCAGGCUGGCGCCCAUCUGCUCUCUCUUGCUUCUGGGGCUACUCGCCAAGUUUCGUUUCUCUCCGCGGAGGAGCUGGGCAGCCUCGGCCGGACGGGGCCCCGCUGCGCCCGUUUCCUCUCUACUGGCUCUGGCGGCCAACACACCUCUUCCCUCCCCGGCUGGGACGGCAAGGUGGCAGCAAGUUGCUUUGCGGUGUCCUUAGCAGACAGGCCUCGGGCCACCAAAGCUGCCCGAAGGCAAUACCGGAGUGACCGACAGUGGCCACUUCAAGGCCUGGUUUCGUCUUCUCUGCGACCACAAUCACGCCCCAGACCAGAACGGACUGCUUCCCGGGGGCCAGUUGUGCGCCCCGGGCCUGAACUCAGCCUCCGGAUGCCCUCCGGGGACUGCAGAGUUUCGGUUCCCGCCGGGUCACAAGUGUGCGGGGGGGCGGAAGGCGACCCGUGCGCUCUCCGCCCGGCGGUAGUUGCCACGGCAACGCCCGCCCCGCCCCGGGCCUAGAGGCGCAGGCGAGGCGCGGCGUCCGGGACCUGCAGCCGGGAGCGGCCAUGCUUCGCGGCCCGCGGCGCCCGCUGGGCCUCUGCCUCCUGCUGCUGCUGCUGCCGCUGCCGCUGCCAGGCUCGUCUGGGCGCCGCGGCGCAGCGCUGCCCUGGGAGAGGACGGACGAGCCGGGCUCGGCCUGGGCCUGGUCCGGCUUCCGGCGCCUGCGGGAGCGGCUGCGCGCGGCCGGGGCCCUCUCCAAGCGGUACUGGGCGCUCCUCAGCUGCCGGGUGUGGCCGGACGACUGUGAGGACCACGAGGAGGCAGCCGCGGGGCCCUUCGGCUGGAGCCUUCCGGUGUUGGGCCAGCAGUACCUGGAUAUCCUGACCACAUGGUACUGCAGCCUGCAGGACUGCUGCGACAGUGGGGACUGCAGGAUCUCCAACAACUUCACAGGCUUAGAGUCAGACCUGAAUGUACGACUGCAUGGCCAGCAUUUGGCCCGGGAGCUGGUCCUAAGAACAGUGAGGGGCCACUUAGUGAUGCCCCAGCCAGAAAAGCCCCUGGCUCUCUUGUUCCAUGGCUGGUCUGGCACUGGCAAGAACUUCGUGGCACGGAUGCUGGCUGAGAACCUGUAUCGGGAUGGGCUGAGAAGUGACUGUGUCAAGAUGUUCAUCGCCACGGUCCACUUUCCUCACCCCAAGUAUGUGGACCUGUACAAGGAACAGCUGACAGGCCAGAUCCAGGAGACACAACAGCUCUGCCCCCAGACCCUGUUCAUCUUUGAUGAGGCUGAGAAGCUGCAUCCAGAUCUACUGGAGGUCCUUGGACAUUACUUGGAACACAGGGUCCCUGAGGGCCACAAAGCUAAGCCCCUACGAACCAUCUUUCUGUUUCUCAGUAACCUUAGGGGCAACAUAAUCAAUGAGGUGGUCCUGAAUUUGCUUAAGUCUGGAUUGUCUCGGGAAGAAAUUACUAUGGAACACUUGGAGCCUCACCUCCACGCUGAGAUUGUGGAGUCCACAGAUAGUGGCUUUGGCCACAGCUGUCUCGUGAAGGAAAAGCUGAUUGACUUCUUUGUCCCCUUCCUGCCACUGGAGUACCGGCAUGUGAGGCUGUGUGUCCGCGAUGCUUUUCUGAGCCAGGAGCUCCAGUACACUGAAGAGGCACUGGAUGAAAUCGCAAAGAUGAUGGUGUAUGUCCCCAAAGAGGAGCAACUCUUUUCUUUUCAGGGCUGCAAAUCUAUUUCCCAGAGAAUUAACUACUUCCUGCCGUGAAGGAUGGAUAAAGACUUCCUGGAGCUACCAUUCUUCCACUAAUGUUUGGGACUGUAAGGUGUGGAGGAACAGGUUGGCAUCCAGCAAUAACCAGCACACUGGUGUGUAGAAGGACAUCCUUAUAGGAGAAGCAGAGCCAGUUCUUAAGCUCACUUGGUGCCUUAAGGACACACCUUUGAAGACGUGGGGUAGGUGGCUGGAGAAAGCCAAGCGGGAGAUGGGCAAACCCCCAGGGCUCAUGGCAGCUCUCCAGAUGGUCUCCUUAGUAUCUCAGCUCUUCCUUGCAGAUGCCUGGACUUGGGUGUUGGGUUUCAGAGGCUGCAGGAGUUUUGGGUUACAGAGCUGGAAGAAUGAAGUUCUGUGACCUAGGGGAGCAGAGUCCACCUCAGGUUUGUGAGCUGGGUGGGCUGGCUUUCAGGUUGUUAGUCCCGGAGGAAAGUUGAGCAGCUUCUGUUGGGAGAUUUACAGAGCGCCCCAGGCUGAAAAGUGCACAGCAGAAGAUAUUUUCAAAAUCAGGUCAGUUGACUAAGAUUGACCAAGAUUCAAAAUUUUUUAUGAUUAGGGGUCUUAACAUGACUGUCAUUUGUAAAGAUUAAAAUUUUGUAUUUUUCUAAAAUCUUUUGCCUACUUUCUGAGGCUUAAUAAUUGUGCUCACUUAGCAAAAUUUCAAAUGCCAGGUAAUCCUGAUGGGGACUGGUGGAGACGGGGUGGAUCCUGGCACUCAGCCCUGGCAGGGGAUGAACUGGUCAUCUGGUUUACUUCAGUUUGCACUGGGACCACAUGGGCUGAUCUGGGUUGCACCAGCUCCUCACUGAAGAGGCUUUCGCAGUUUACUGCUCUUCCAUAGGAAAGCACUUACUCCUGUACUCUCAGCUCUAAUUAGGACAGCAGUCAUUUUUGUGAAUUAAGUGGCAGAGUGUAAAUGUGAAGCACUGGGCCUGUACACAAAGUGCUUAUUAUGUGUUGUUCCCCUUUUUUGGUUCUUCCCUUCUCCCACACUUCUAUAAUAACACAUAGGUCUGUCUUGUCUACUUGUCAUCUCAUUGUCCCUCUUAUUUAAAGUCCCCCCCAGUCCUCUCUCCUUUAGCCCUUUCAGAAUGGAACACUUCUGUCUCUCCCUCAUUCAACACUUUAUUGCAUUCAUUUACUCAAAUAACUGCCUCAAGGUUAGAAAGUAGCCUAAGACACAUUAGGCAUUCAGUAAAUACUCAGAUAAAUGAAAAGAAAUUAGUUUCACACCAUUCAUGGGACAAAACUGUGCAAAUGAGCCUGUUUUAACUGUUGGCUCACUUUCAACUUUUAAAGCAAUGUUUUUCAACUUUUUUUUUUUUUUCAGUUUUUGACUGGGGCCAGGUUUGAACCCACUACCUUCUGUAUAUGGGACCAGCGGCCCUACUCCUUGAGCCACAGGCACCACCCUGUUUUUCAACCUUUUUUAUCUCAUGGCCCACUUGAACCUACAGUUGAACUUCCCUAGCACACUUAAUUAUUUUGAUUAAAAAAAAAAAAUUUUUUUUUUUUUUUUUUAGAGACAGUCUCCCUUUGUCACCCUCGGUAGAGUGCCAUGGCAUCACUGCUCACAGCAACCUCUAGCUCUUGGUCUUAGGCUAUUCUUUUGCCUCAGCCUCCUGAGUAGCUGGGACUACAGGCGCCCGGCACAAGGCCCGGCUAUUUUUUUGUUAGUUUGGCUGGGGCUAGGUUGGAACCCACCACCCUUGAUAUAUGGGGCCGGUGCCCUGCUUACUGAGCCACAGGCGCCACCGAUGAAAAAAAUUUUAGAAGAAUACACUUACUGUACUUUGAACUUAUCUGAAAUAAAAUGAUGUUUAAAAAUUUUGCUGGCACACCAAAGAUCCUCUCACAGUACAUCAGUGUUACGACACAAUUGAAAAUCACAGCUCUAUACAUAGUCACACAUCAAAGGUGUUGGUUUUCCAUAAAGCAAUUCCCCAGUUCUUUGCAGACACCACUGGGUGGUCUAUAGUUCAAUUCUGAUACUACCUGAAAUUAGUGCAAACUCCGGUAAGGGCUCAGUCCUGCAAGGUUGCCCCAACUUCUAAUCCCAGUUGGAAGUAGUGAGUCCCCAAAGGAAGCACUUAAGUCCAAUUUAGCUACAAAUAAGGAUGGGUCUCAUGAUUUGUACAGAACUCAGAGAAAGGCUUUAAAUUACAGGUAUAAGACUACUACCCAGGGACAGACACGUGGAGAUGUGUAUAGCAAGGUAUUUGGGUAGGGUGGAGGGGCACAAUUUCCAGGCCCUCUCUAGGCAUCUCACCCUAUUCAAUAUCACCAACCUAGCAGCUGUUUGAACCACAUCAUUUAUGGGUUUUUGGAGGCCUCAUUACAUACACACAAAUAAUCAAAUAAUUGACCACUGGUGAUUAAGUUAAUCUCCAGCCUCUCUCUCCUCCCUAGAGGUCAGGGGGUGGGGCUGAAAGUUCCAAUCUUCUAUCACAGUGUUGGUUCCUCUGGCAAAUAGUCCCUGUCUCCAGCAGUUGCCUCAUCAGCAUAAACUGAGUUAGGGUAGAAAGGGGAUUGUGAAAAACGUUAAGAUGCUUCUUUCAUCCUUAUACCCUAGGAAAUUGUAAGAGUUUUAGAAGCUCUAUGUUGGGAAGAGCAUGAAGACCAUAUAUAUAUUAUAUCACAAUGUCACAAGGUGUUUAAUAAUAAAAUACAAACUUAAUUAGCUGUUAAAAUUCAAAGUCACAAAGCUAGUGGGGGAAGGAGUUGGGAUUUAACUGCAGGCGGUCUGACUCCAGCUGCUAUCCUUUUAAUGACUUCUUCAGAAAGUGCCCUUGUCUCAGGUCUGGUAUGGAAAAGGUUGUAAGUAUGGAUGCUCCUCAAUUUAUGAUGGGGUUUUUCCCAUUAAACCCCUUGUCAGUUAAAAAUAUAAGUAAGGCUGGGCUUGGCGGUUCACACUUGUAGCACUCUGAGAGGCUGAGGCAGGUGAAUCUCUUGAGCUCAGAAGUUAGAGACCAGCCUAAGCUACAGCGAGACCCUGUUUCUUAAAAAAAAAAAAAAGUCCAGCAUUGUGGCUGGCGCCUAUAUUCCCAGCUACUCGGUAGGCUAAGGCAAGGGGAUUGCUUGAGCCCAAGC